AUGGAGCUCUCCCGCUCCACGGCCCGAGCCAAGCGCUCCUGCGCGGAGAAGGGCUACGUCACGGACGCCUUCGCGCCCAUGUUCAGCGACGACACGCACACGCGCACGGAUCCCAUCAUGCAUCGCGGCUACUACGCGCGCUUCCGCGGCGUCGACGUCGCCGUGCGGACGUUCUUGUCGAAGUUCGGCGACAGCGCGCAGCUCGUGGUGCUCGGCUGCGGCCUCGACUCCAUGUUCUGGCGCCUGCACGCGACGCUCGACACACCGCCCACGUACUUCGAGGUCGACAGCGACGUCGUCUGCGCCGCGAAGCGACGGAUCGUCCGCUCGCACCCGGCGCUGCUCGACGCCGCCGGCGCGCGCGGCCUCGGCGCCCUCGGCGGCCUCGGCGCCCCGGGCGCCUCGGCGUCCUCCCGUUACCACCUGGUCGCCGCGGACCUGCGCGACGUCGACGCGCUCGACGCGAGCCUCCGCGCCGCGGGGCUCGACGCCGCGAAGCCGACGCUCGUGCUCUGCGAGUGCGUGCUCGCCUACCUCGACCCGGAGCGCGGCGACGCGCUCGUCGCCUGGUCGCGGCGCACCUUCGCCGCCGCGUGCCUCUUCGUCGCCUACGACGUCGUCGCGCCGAAGACGGGCGACGCGUUCGGCCGCGUCAUGCUCUCGAACUUCAAGGACCGCGGCGCGCCGCUCCUCGGCGCGGCCGAGAGCCUCGACGCCGUCCGCGGCCGCUUCGGCGACUACGAGGCGUCGGACGUCCGCGACAUGCGCGCGGUCUACGAGGCGCUCGUGCUCCGCCAGCCCGCGGAGCUCCGGCGCAUCUCCGCGCUCGAGAUCUUCGACGACCCCGACGAGUUCAACCUGAUCAUGGCGCACUACUGCUUCGCCCUCGCCGGCGACGGCGCGGCCGUCGACGUCGCCCGCGGGCUCGCCGCGCAGCUCGACGCGGCGUAG